AUGGCUGAUACAACCUCAGAAGACGUUCAAGCGACGCAAACAGUCGUAAAUUCCAGCAUCGUUGUUCCAGCUUCCACCGAUGCAGCACCACACCGGAAGCGACAGAACGAUGAGGACGUAGAUCAAACCGACAAAAAAGAAAUCGGGAAACGCCCUCGGUUAGACAUGAGUCAAGAUGGACAACGGCGAGGCAAGCGAAUGUUUGGAGUGUUGAUGGGAACACUAAACAAAUUCAAAACCGAGACAUCAAACAAAACUACAGCAGAGAAACACCGUGAAGAGAUUGAAACCAAAUUGAAGGAAAAACUCGAACGUGAGCGUUCAGAACUUGCUGUCAAAGUUAAAAAAGACAAGGAAGAGCAUUUGGAGCGCAUACAGGAGCGAAAACGACAGAGUCAGAGAGAGAUAACGCAAAAAAUGGAAAAGACGAAUGCUAAGCAUAAGGUUCAUUUAAGCAAUUUUAUAAAGACCAGGACCGAACCACAACUGUUGUACCGACCGGCCAAACUAUCCGAAGAACAGACAGAACAGAUUGACAGUCAGACGGAGAAGUCAAAGGCUGCUCUAGAGGACGUCCUCAGGAGACAUGAGGAAGAGAACGCAGCGCAACCCAAAAUUAUAGAGGAUACAGAUAUGAACGAAUCCAUUGAUAAUGGAGAAGCAAAACGUGAAGAUGACCAGCCAAAGGAAGUUGAUAGUAUGGACACUACUGAAACAAUGCAGCCUGAAGUUGCUGCAGAAGAGACCGAUAAGAACUCAACGACAGAAGGUCAUGCAGCAAAUGAAGAAGAGCACCGCGCAGACACGUCGUCACAAAAUGGCGAUGUUGUAGACUACGAAGGAGAGCCAUGA